AUGCCGCUGCACGCCGAGAUCCUGCGGGAGGUCUGGGCCGCCGAGAGCAUGGACGAGGAGGCCGGGAGCCCCCAGCCCCACAAACCCAAGCAGCACCCGCAGCCGGGGCAGAAGCUGAAGAAGAAGCGGCAGGAGCCCGCGCAGGAGGCCAAGCCCCGGAGGCUGAAGGUGAAGAAGUCGGGAGAUUCGGGCGCCGCGGAGGAGCCCUGCGCCCCGGCCCAGGGCGUCAAGAAGCUGAGGAAGAAGAAGGAGGAGAAAGGGGAGGAAGAGGGCGACAAGGACCCUUCCUGCAAAUCCGUCCAAGAGCCUCGGCGGAAGAAGGAAAGCCCUCCGCGCCGCCCCGCCAGGGCCGCGAGGAAGCCGCGCGAGCGUGCCAAGGAUUCGGAGGAGGAUUCGGAGGAGGAGGAAGAGGAGGAGGAAGAGGAGGAGGAGGCGGCGAAUAAAGACCCACCGAAGAAACUCAAAAAGAAGGUGCCCAAAGAGACGCCGUCGGGCGAAAGCAAGGAGAAGAGGGCGAAGCCGAAGGGCGACAAGAGCGACCCGGAGGGCAAGGCCAAAGCUGCCCAGAGCACCAGGAAGGAGCAGACGUCCAUGUUCCAAGUGAACAGCGAGAAGAAGGAGAAGAAAGGGAAGAAGAAAGCCGCGGCUGGCAGCGAGCAGGAGGACGACUCCGACUCCAGCACCAAGCCCAUCAGGUCGGAGAAGAAGAAAAACCCGGCGUCCCUCUUCCAGACGGGCGGAGAGCCCCCCAAGGAGAAGAAGACCAAAAAGAAAGCUCCCGCCAGGGCCGCCGGGGCCGGGAGCGAGGAGGAGAGCCCGGAGAGGGAGCAGAGGAACUCCAACAGGAAGGGCAAGGGGAAGAAGCCGAAGAAGAAGGAGGAGAGAGCCGCGUCGCCCGGCGUCGAGGUGGGCGACCUGGAGGAGUUCGUGCUGCGCCCGGCGCCCCAGGGCGUCACCGUCAAGUGCCGGGUCACCCGCGACAAGAAGGGCAUGGACCGCGGGCUCUACCCCACCUACUACCUGCACCUGGACAACGAGCGAAAGGUGUUCCUGCUCGCCGGGCGGAAGCGCAAGAAGAGCAAAACCUCCAACUACCUCAUCUCCAUCGACCCCACGGACCUGUCGCGGGGCGGCGAGAAUUUCAUCGGCAAGCUGAGGUCCAACCUCAUGGGCACCAAGUUCACCGUGUUCGACAACGGCGCCAACCCCGACCGGGCCAACGCCGACUGGUCCAACGUGCGGCAGGAGCUGUCGGCCGUGGUCUACGAGACGAACGUCUUGGGCUUCAAAGGACCCCGCAAGAUGACAGUCAUCAUCCCCGGCAUGAACGCCGAUAACGAGAGGGUGCCGAUCCGGCCCCGAAACGACAACGACGGGCUCCUCAUGAGGUGGCAGAACCGAAACCUGGACAACAUCAUCGAGCUGCACAACAAGGCGCCCGUGUGGAACGACGAGACCCAGUCGUACGUCCUCAACUUCCACGGCCGCGUCACCCACGCCUCCGUCAAAAACUUCCAGAUCGUGCACGGCGACGACCCCGACUACAUCGUGAUGCAGUUCGGGCGCGUGGCCGACGACGCCUUCACCAUGGACUACAACUACCCGCUGUGCGCCGUGCAGGCCUUCGCCAUCGCCCUCUCCAGCUUCGACGGCAAGCUGGCCUGCGAGUAG